AUGGGGCUAUCUGCAAUGCUCUGUAUAGGCAUCUAUAUAUUAUGGCGUAUUGUUAUAGUUUGUAGAUAUCAUCCCAUAUCUGGUUUUAGGAAGGGGCUAGAAUACCAGAGAGAAAUUACAAUGGCUAAGUCUACUGAUAAGAAGAAGGUUGUUGCCAAAGAGGCGGAAGUUCAAGAGGAUGCCAUCAGGUUAGAGUCUGGUUCUGAUCUAAGUUCAGAGUCUGGUGAGUCCGAAUUGGAGGUUAGUGAAUCUGAAUCUGAGGAUGAGAUUGAAGGUAUGGAAACUGAGCAAAGCGGCCACCAUAUCAAAAAGUUGGAUACCAGCAAGAAGCAGAAGGCUACCAAGAAAGAUGAUAAGGAUUCUGAUAUCAGUGGGAUCAUUUAUGUUGGUAGAUUGCCAAAGGGUUUCCACGAGAGGGAGCUAAGUAAAUAUUUCAGUCAAUUCGGAGACUUGAAAGAAGUGAGAUUAGCACGUAACAAGAAGACUGGUAACUCUAGACACUACGGUUUUGUGCAGUUUGUUAAUACCGAUGACAGUCGUGUUGCUUAUGAUACCAUGAACAACUAUCUUUUGAUGGGCCAUCUACUCCAGGUACGUCUGUUGCCUAAGGGAAGUAAGAUUGAAAAGCUGUAUAAAUAUAAGCAAAGGGCAUUCAUGUCUCCGCCAAAGGCCAAGAAGUCUGCUAAGGAAUUGAAGAAACUGGCUGAAGAGAAACACAAAGAAAGAAUGGAAAAACUUUCUAAGGCUGGUAUUGAUUAUCAAUAUUAG